AUGUCUCGCGGAAGCAGCGCCGGAUUCGAUCGUCAUAUUACGAUUUUUUCACCGGAAGGUCGUCUGUACCAAGUUGAAUAUGCAUUUAAGGCCAUCAACCAGGAGGGCCUUACGUCUAUUGCGCUCAAAGGAAAGGAUUGUGCAGUGGUAGCGACUCAGAAGAAGAUCCCAGACAAGCUGAUCGACCCGGCUACCGUGACCCACCUGUAUCGGAUCACCCGUGAAAUUGGCUGUGUUAUGACUGGUCGCAUAGCGGACAGUCGUUCGCAGGUACAACGGGCUCGAUAUGAGGCCGCCAACUGGCGGUACAAGUACGGCUAUGAAAUUCCGGUAGAUGUGCUGUGUCGUCGUAUGGCAGACAUUUCGCAGGUGUACACGCAGAAUGCCGAGAUGCGGCCACUCGGUUGUAGCAUUGUAAUGAUCGCGUAUGAUCCAGAAAAUGGACCGGCUGUGUACAAAACGGAUCCGGCUGGCUACUAUUGCGGCUAUCACGCCAUUUCGGUCGGUGUUAAACAAACGGAAGCCAACAGUUAUCUGGAGAAGAAACUCAAGCGCAAAGCCGACUUUGGCGAGGAGGAAACGAUCCAGCUAGCCAUCACCUGCCUGUCCACGGUGUUGGCAGUUGAUUUCAAGCCGACUGAAAUAGAGAUUGGCAUCGUAAGCAAGGAAAAGCCGGAAUUCCGUACCCUAACCGAGGACGAAAUCGAGGUCCAUCUGACGGCGAUUGCUGAGAAGGAUUAA